GCCAUUUACCAUGUUACCAAAAAGCUCCGCAAUAUUGCAACCAAAAGGAAAGUUACCUUUAGACCAGGGAAACGAAUAACCCUGGUUCUUCAGAUACUUUGUUCGAGAGUGGUGGUGUUAUUGGGAAAGCCGGUACCAUUGUCAGGGAUAUUCGAAUUGACACAGGGGCCUCCAUAUUUUUGGGGGAUCCACUUGCUGACUGUGAUGAACGCUUAAUUACAAUUAUUGCAUCAGAGGACCCUGAAGACAUAAACUCCCCAGCCCAGAGAGCUAUGGUCCUUGUUUUCACUCGAAUAUAUGAGAUUGCCACUGAAACAAAGGAUUUUGACGUAAGGUCAUCUAUUACUGCACGGCUUGUGGUCCGUACAAAUCAGAUUAAUUGUUUUGUGGGAAGAGAUGGCUCUAUAGCCUCUAAGAUACAAAAAGGAACUGGGGCUAAAAUAGAAGUAUUGGAGGUUGAGCAGAACCCAAAAUGUGUUCCAGAGAACACCGAUCAAGUUGUGCAGAUUUCAGGAGGGUUCUCAAAUGUAAAAGAAGCUAUAAACCAAGUCACCAGUAGGCUACGAGAGAAUCUUAUCUUGCAUUCUUUCGAGCCUGUUGAUGCUGAUCCUUGUAUUAUACCAGAAGAUCCAACUCCCAAUAGGGUCAGUCCCACGGCUCUAAAUUUUGGUGGGUUGUCAACCAUGGAUCUCAAUGAUGUUUCCCAUUACUCAAGUCAAGCUGAUCCAUAUGGGUUGACACCUUCUGCUCCAAGAGGUGUAUAUGAUGAUGGCAGUGGAGGAAUAUUAUCUUCUUCAAGGGAUGACCUUGGAUUAUACAGAGUCUCAGAGAAUGCUGUGAACUCUGUGUUUGGUGAUGGACAGAAUGGUCACACUCGUCUACAGGAUCUGAGUGAGAUAUCAGGUGCGAGAGUUAUUAGACAUCUUAAAAAUCGUCUAGGAACAAGUGAUAGGAUCAUUUCCAUAUCCGGGACACCUGAUCAAAUCCAAGCAGCUGAAGACCGUCUUCUCGCCCUUUUCUACGGGUAGAAUCAUCAUCGAUGAGAAGAAGAACCCAAAUAUUUAUAUUUUCUAAACUAGAACCCAAAUAUUUAUUUUUUCUUGUUGGGAUCUUUUUGAGCUAUUUGUACAGUUGUAUUUUCAUUAAGUCCUGAAUGCA